AUGAUGAUGAUUGAUAUUGGCGCUAAUCUUACAGACCCGGUCUUUACAGGUCUCUAUCACGGCAAACAAAAACAUAAUUCCGAUCUGACUACAAUUUUGACUCGAGCUAAAGCUUUUGGUGUUGAAAAGAUCAUUGUGACGGCUGAAAACCUUGAAAAAAGCCGCAAAGCUUUGGAACUAGCGAGAGAUACUACAGGUGAUGAUUUACCAGAGCUUUUCUCGACUGUAGGGGUCCAUCCAACACGUUGCAGCGAAUUUGAAGCCAACGGAACAGACCCGGACGUGUAUUUUACAAAGCUAUUGGCUGUGUGUGAACAAGGCAAAGAAGAUGGAAGAGUAGUAGCCAUUGGAGAAUGUGGUCUAGAUUACGACAGACUUGAGUUUUGUGACAAACAGACGCAGCUCAAAUACUUUGAAAAACAGUUUCAGCUGGCAGAGCUGACUAAACUGCCGCUGUUUCUUCACAAUCGAAAUACGGGAGGAGAUUUCUACGAUGUCAUUUCGAAAAACCGGUCACGAUUCUCGAACGGGGUCGUGCAUUCUUUCACGGGUGGAAAAGAUGAGAUGCUGAAACUGGUGGAAUUAGGACUCUACAUUGGAGUAAACGGGUGCUCACUAAAGACUGAGGAAAAUUUAGACUGUGUCAAGGCCAUUCCGCUUGAACGGCUAAUGAUUGAGACUGAUGCUCCUUGGUGCGAUAUUCGUGCAACCCAUGCUGGUCAUUUCCACGUGAAAACAGCGUGGCAGAGUAAAAAGGCUGAAAAGCACUCGCCUGUUUGUCUCGUCAAAGGACGCAACGAGCCUUGCACACUCGUCCAGGUGUUGGAAAUUAUCAGCGGUAUUCGCAACGAAACGCAGGAAGAUAUUUCGGCUAGCAUCCUUGAAAACACUGAAAAGGUGUUCUUUACAACAGGGUGA